AUGUUUUCCAGGACGGUAUUCCAGGCCACGCGCCAAGCAGCCCGCCGACCCUCGCCUUUCCUCACUCCCUUCUCCCUCGCCCCCAGCUCAGUCUCGCAACGCCGCCUCCUCUCCGACGUAGUCCGCCAAGCAAUCGACAAAGCCGUCAGCUCAGCCCCCGUAGUGCUCUUCAUGAAAGGCACACCGGAAACCCCGCAGUGCGGCUUCUCGCGGGCGAGUAUCCAGGUGCUGGGCUUGCAGGGAGUGAAUCCGGAGAAGUUUGCGGCGUAUAAUGUUUUGGAGGAUCAAGAGUUGCGGAAUGGGAUUAAAGAGUACUCGGACUGGCCGACGAUUCCGCAGUUGUAUGUGGACAAGGAGUUUGUGGGGGGGUGUGAUAUUAUUGUGUCGAUGCAUCAGAGCGGGGAGCUGGCGAAGAUGUUGGAGGAGAAGGGGGUGGUUGUUAAGGAGGAGGGGAGUAACGAGAGCAAGCCGGAAUAA